AUGUCCUCCAGUUCCAUCCCGCGGGAGGACUCGCAAGGGCUCCAACGUGCCAGUGUGUCGCCAGUGGUCACUCCCACCAUGUCUCCUGCUACUAUCCAGCCGCAGCAGCAGCAACAGAAACCCGUGAAGCCGGCUGUGACGAUGAACUCACCGAUCAUGAACACUGGUACAGCACCGCGGCUGCUCUUCACGUGGGACCCGUACCGCAAUGUGUCUCCCUCGCCCGGCAGCACUGGCACGGCCACUAGUGGGGCUGCUGCUAAGCCACCGGAGGAGGAGGUGGUAGAGGAGGGUCGCCUGGCGUCCAGCAUCGGCGGCUGCUCCACAACGUCCUCAUUGAACAAUAACACAAACGUUGGAGCCGAAACCCCUGCCGGGGUGACCAGUACGACUCGUGGCACCAACAACUCUGCGCUCCCGUCGCCUCCCGCUACCACCGGGGGUGCGCGGCCCCCGCUGACCAUUUCGGCGUUGCUCGGAGGAGCGGUCUACCCCAACCGAGGAUCGCCGCCGCCCUCGGCGACGAAGGCGUCUCUGUCUCAGCAGCAGCAGCAGAUUCUGCAUCAGAGUCCGCUCAGCGAGGCCUGUAUCGCGUCAGGGUCUGCCCUCUCCACCCCGUCUGGCCCAGUGCUGAAGCGCAUUCCCACCUCUGCGAAAGAUGGCCGGAAGUACUUCCUGGAUUACUCGCCAAACCCAAUGGCCAACAGUGGCUCCCCUGCUGCCCUUUCCGCUGGUGGCAUGCCAAACCUAAUGCUGCCACCAAACCUGUCGCCCGUUACCGUGACAUCGCCAUCCGUGCCAGCGCCGUCACAGCAGCGGCUCCAGUCUCCUGCAGGGCUGGAGAUGCUCGACUUGGACGGGAACAGCAGCGCCAACAUCGCUCCACAGGCAGUGCCGCUCAUGUCGCCCCCGCGCAGCAGCAGCAGCAACGCAGGCUCGUACCAGAGCUACGGUGCUGUCCCCACUGCAAAUAGCCACAGCGUCCUCUCAGCUACUCCGCUGCCACCAAUGGGCAGCAUGUCGCAACACAAUCCGUACCGCACCCCGUCAAUCUUCUACGCGACCGCUCACAACACAUCGCCGACCGCGCAGCAGCAGCAGUCCCACGUAUUACCGCACCAGGACAUCGAUGACAACGACACGGAUCUUGUGUACGCCCUCGAAUCAGACCCGUCUGCCUUCAUAAUACGCUUGCUUCCACCACCACCGCCGCUGCCGGAGCUGGCGCGCGUGCUCACCGUGCCUGGCGUAGUGCAGUCAUUGUGUGCGCGGUGGUGUGCGUACGUUGCUGCAGUACUCAAGUCUGACGCCUUCGCGGCCAUCGCGGCCGCUCCGCCACCGCCGCCAUCUUCCGUGACGAUGAGCCGGGAAGGAAGCAACGGCAGCACCAGGGAGGAGCUCACUGCGUGGUACGAGACGGCGGUGGACUGGUGGGAGAAACUUGACCAGGAGGGCACCGGGGCCGUGGAUGUACGAGCUAAGUCUCGGACAGUCGCAGCGGCAGUCGAAGCAGUUGCCAGCGGUCGCUCGCGUCGGCCGCCGUCGCAAAGCACAGGCGGCAACCCUAACAGUGGGCGCUACCACCCCCAGGGCGGCGUUGGCGCGAGCGGGUAUCGUGGUCGUGGAGGGCGCGGCGCUGGCGGUGGUGGCUACCACACCGGCAUGAGUGCCUACGGGUACGCCUCCAACACAACUGGCCAUCGCGGCGAUGCCCACCCUCGUGGCGGCAGCGCUACUGUUGCUGGAGGCAUGGCAACAGGUACCCACAACACUGGCGCCGCCGCAACCGCCUACCGUGGCGGACGAGGCAGUGGUGGUGGUGGUGCGAGCUACAACUACGACGCCGCCAUGUCAGGAGGUGAUACUCAGCACGACAUUCCUGACGAGAUGGGCCCGGCCAUGCACUGCAACACCGCCUGCUACCCGUCCUCGAACUUCAACCCGUACGCAGAGAGUUGGCACUUCAGCGGCACCACUGGCAUGGCGACGGGUGUGCAGCCGCAGCAGCAGCAGCAGCCGAUGCAUUCGUCGUAUGUAAAGGGGGGACGGCCUUCAUCACAGCACCCGCACCAGCAGCAGCGCGGGUACGGCGCCAUGAACAUGUAA